CAAGUUCAGUUUGCCAUGGGGUUGUUUGGAAAAACCCGGGAGAAGCCAUCCAAAGAGCUGGUCAAUGAAUGGUCAUUGAAGAUAAGAAAGGAAAUGAGAGUUGUUGACAGACAGAUAAGAGAUAUCCAAAGAGAAGAAGAAAAAGUGAAACCAUCUGUGAAAGAUGCUGCCAAGAAGGGUCAGAAGGAUGUCUGUGUGGUUCUGGCCAAGGAGACGAGCAGAUCAAGGAAGGCGGUGAGCAAGCUGUAUGCAUCCAAAGCGCACAUGAACUCUGUGCUUAUGGAGAUGAAGAACCAGCUGGUGGUUUUGCAAGUGGCUGGUUCCCUGCGGAAGAGCACAGGAGUGAGGAAGGCCAUGCAGAGUCUUGUGAAGAUCCCAGAAAUCCAGGCCACCAUGCGGGAGCUCUCCAAAGAGAUGAUGAAGGCUGGGAUCAUAGAAGAGUUGUUAGAGGACACUUUUGAAAACAGGGACGAUCAAGAAGAAACGGAAGAAGCAGCAGAAAUGGAACUUGACAAAAUUCUGUUUGAAAUCACUGCAGGGGCCUUGGGCAAAGUACCUAGUAAGGUGACCAAUGCCCUCCCGGAGCCUGAACUUCCAGGAGCAGUGGCUGCAUCUGAAGGUGAGGAGGAGGAAGAGGCCCUGGAGGCCAUGCAGUCCUGCCUGGCCACACUCCGCAGCUAG